UUUAGUACCGCUUCAUCCUGGAGCAUGCGCAUUUCCAGUGUUGUUGAGUUUGUUAUGACAAGUCGAGGCCUCGGACUAAAUUAGAUAAUAGCCCCGUCUCUGUCCUGGGAAAUCCACGAUGGAGGACAUGGAUUUGGACCUAGAUCAGGACCUAAUGCAAAAAUUUAGUUGCAUGGGUACCUCAGAUAAAGACACUCUGAUCUCGGAGUUUCAGAGACUGCUCGGGUUUCAACUCAACCCCGCGGGAUGCGCCUUCUUCUUGGACAUGACCAACUGGAAUCUACAAGCAGCCAUAGGGGCAUACUACGACUUUGAGAGCCCCAACAUAAACGCGCCAUGUAUGUCCUUGGUAGAAGAUGUGACCAUUGGUGAAGGGGAGUCUGUUCCACCAGAUACACCAUUCACAAAGACAUGGAGAGUACAAAACACAGGUGCAGAGUCAUGGCCUCCUGGAGUCUGCCUCAAGUACGUGGGAGGGGAUCAGUUUGGCCACGUCAACAUGGUAAUGGUGCGGUCUCUAGAACCCCAGGAAAUGUUUGACGUUAGCGUGCAGAUGCACAGCCCUGUGGCUCCUGCGAUGUACCAGGGCCAGUGGAGGAUGUGUACGGCUACCGGACUCUUCUUUGGGGAUGUAAUAUGGGUCAUCUUGAGUGUGGAGGUCGGGGGCCUGCUGGGCGUCACGCAGCAGCUGUCCUCUUUCCAAACGGAGUUCAACACGCACCCAAACCGCAGCCUGGAGGGGGACUACAACCCCUUCGCCUCGCCGCAGAAAACCAGAUACCCCGGCAGCACCGACAGCGGUCUCCACGACGACAGUAGUCUGAAGGACACGGGGGAGCCCUGGGAGGCCACUCCCAAUCCUCUGCAGCAAGAUCAAAAUGGACUGUCGCACAAUUCAGUGAAUAUAGCAGCCAACAGUCUCCAAAGCAAUCUAUCAGUAGUGACUUACAACCAGGGCAUACAGGGACCCUAUCCGUUUGGGCACUAAAUCCCCCGGUCGAGAGCCACUACACCUCUGAAGUCGAACUCACCAAGGCUUUAUCUGUAGCCGGUGGGGAGCCUGGAGCUUCACAACAAACACUUUAUGCAAAGUCUCCACUUCAGCCAGUGUAGCCCCAGCGUCCCACUUCAGCUACGCUGUGAGGAUCCAGAGGUCACCGCUCCUGACAUACAGCUCAACCAACACCCUCAUAUCCACUGUAUGCAUGAGUGAAUGCUAAGUUAAAACAAGAGUGCUAUUGAGAGUCUUGGUGAGAGAUGCUGUUUUGAAAUCUUUUUAUUUUUUUGUUGUGAUCAGAGUGCAGAAAAAACUUUUGUGUGUGUGUGUGUGUGUGUGUGUGUGUGUGUGUGUGUGUGUGUGUGUGUGUGUGUGUGUGUGUGUGUGUGUGUGUGUGUGUGUGUGUGUGUGUGUGUGUGCGCGCAACAUGAAAGAGGCAUUGGAGGAAAAGCCAUUUAAAUUUGCCAACUGAUUCUUUGGUUUCUGCUCUGACGUAAAACCUGCUGGCUGUAAUUCUGAGAUGAUUUAGCCAAACAAAAUCUGUGAGCUUUCAUGGCCUCAUUUUGUCGACGAUACCAUCCGUUUUACUGUUUACUUUGUAUAUCAAUUCUUGUGUACACCUUUUUUUUUUUUUAUGAUCUAGACAAUUUGCUUAGUACGGGUUAUUUCUAUAGAAUGUACCUUUUUUAAAUAAUUUCAUUGCUCUAUUCUUUUCUUAUAACCUUUUAACGUGAUGAAAUGCAAUUUUAAGACGCUCCACUAGGGAGAGCAAGAUAUCAACGUUUUAGUCCAACUGAAUUCUCCAAAACAAGGGAUUUCCUCAACACCCAAACAAUGUAAUGUUUUCAUCUAUGUUCAAAAAGCAACUAUAACAAAAUCAUUUGAAUGUGUCUGGGGUGACAUUUUUAGCCCGUUUUCAGGCAAUAAAUGUGAAGCAGCUUUGCCUAAACUGAAACUGAGACAAAAGCUUUGAUGAGCAUUCUUUUGCCCAAUCUAACAUAUUUUAACUGAGCCUGAAUAGGUUAGUAUUGAAUACCUUAAUGCAUCAACCAGAAUAUAAAGAGUUUGUCACGGGUGACUCUCCACCUUCAUCACAUUCACAUGCAUUCUGUUAAACCACAUAAUCUUGGGAAAUGGCAGCUUUAAAUAUUUCUUUCAAUUGAAGCGGAAUGUAUUCAGUGAAUGUAAAAUAGGCUGAAUUGUUUGUAAACAUCAACGAUCCAAAGUAUAUUGAUAAAUUGCCUUCAAUUUCCUUUUUUUCUUACUCUAAUUUUGUCCCUCAGUAAGUCUUUCCUAGGGUGUUCCAUAAAUUGUAGGUUUGGAAACACAGUUAGCAUUCUCUUCUAGACUACAUCGCUUAUUAUUCUUGUGCUUUAAUUGCACUAACCGUCAGAUCUAUGCACUGAGUUAUGUGGGGGCCCCUUUUGCCAAAUAGGCCCCAUUGUGGCAUGUUGUUGUUCCAGUAGGCCUACACAUGGAUCCUGAGGGCUUCAUGCAGCCGCUAAAUAAGUAUUGAUUGACAAUUGAAAUAAACCCUCUUUCCUAGAGAGCCUAAUUUCAUUUGGUUGCAGGCUAAUUUUGCCCCAGGAGAAAAGUGAUCUUAAAUCUUCAAUACCACAGACGCCUCGUCGUUAGGAGUGCUUAUGGUUGCUGUGCACAGAAUAAAUGUAUAGUUCCUGGAUGUAAGGGUGAACCAUAUUCAUAAAACAUGGGAUUGUAAGGACAAUGCUAAAUUCUACAUCUUAAAAGGAGAUGGGGUUCAUUGGUCUUCAUUGGUCAGAUAGUGUAAGAAUCAGUUGGCAUGUGUUGGACUGAAACUGGCCACACAGAUGAUAUGUGCUUUUUUUUCUCUCCUUGUGUGUUGGAUGACAGUUUGUAAAAUUAAAUUAUAACUAAAAUGA